GCCAUUUUGCGUUUCAGAUAUAGGCCUGAACUGGUCCCUAGCUGGCCUCUUGCCCUGCAGAUCACUCGACAAGGCCUUGAUAGGCGCAUUCUGCAUAAUACCAUCAGACAUCUGGUCGUUGCCAAGUUCCUAGUGUGUCUGACAGUACUCUCAGGCGACUCAGAUUGAUUAUGGCGGCAUCAACGUCUGCAGGUCCUAUAUAUCCCUCGCAGUGGCACGAUCCUUCGUUAUUCAUAUAUUUACCCCUCUCCAAGGCGUGGAAGCUCAAUAUGGGUAUGAGAUCGCUUAUUGGGAUUACGGUUGCCCUUGCAGCAGGGAUUACACAGGCUGUAGAGAUCGAUGGCUCGGAUCCUGUUACUUUCACGUCCAAGGGCAACCCUAUCUUGGCUGAUGGCUCAUGGUACUCUGGCGACCCUGCACCGCUUGUCGUGAACAACACGGUGUACAUUCUCAGCGGCAAGGAUGAUGCACCACCGGAUACAAACUCGUUUGUGAUGCCUCAAUGGGGCAUGUUUGAGUCGGCCAGCCCUGACCCGGCGGGCUCAGAGUGGACGUUAUAUCCCAACAUUGCGGCGCCAUCUGAAGUGUUUUCCUGGGCAUCUGAGGGCACCGCAUACGCAGCUCAGGUUGUUCAGGGCCCUGACCAGAAAUUCUAUCUGUAUGCGCCCGUGACGGAGGCGAACUCGCCCAACACCGACCCAUUUGCUAUUGGGGUUGCUGUAUCCGACAGCCCUACAGGGCCCUAUGAAGAUGCCCACCCGGACGGUCCGAUUGUGUCCCAGUCAGUUCCGACAGGGAAUGACAUCCAGAACAUUGACCCGACCGUCCUUGUUGACGAAGAUGGAAGCGUUUACCUCUACUUUGGCACGUUUGGUCGUCUUCUGGGGUACCAACUCGACAGCGACAUGACCACGAUUACCGGCGAUGUCAUUGAAGUCGACACAUCGACGUUGACUGGGUAUUUCGAAGCCCCGUGGCUGAUGAAGAGACAGGAGACAUAUUACAUGGUAUAUGCCGCCAACAACGCGGGCGCGGAUUCGCCAUGCACGCCGACUUCCUACCACGCAUGCAUUGCAUACGCCUCCUCCUCGUCGCCACUUGGCCCGUGGACAUUCCAGGGCGUCGUGCUGCACAUCGUCUCCUCCACGACCUCCCACCCGGGCGUCGUCGAAAGCAAUGGGAGCUGGUACCUUGUCUAUCACACUGCGGACGCAGAGGGCGGAUAUCAUUUCCGACGCAGUGUGGCCUUUGACGAGCUCACCUGGGACGAUUCGCAGUCUCCCCCGACCAUCAAUACUGUCAAACAGACAUUUGCACCACAGAGUGACCCAGAGCAAACGCGCAACAUUGCGGGCGCAGCCAAUGCGAGCUCUGAGAAUGCAACCCCGAUUCAAUAUUGGGUGGAAGCUCUUCACGACGGCGUUAUCAGUGUCAACCCACUUCCACCGGACAUCUGGAGUUCGUAUGACGGCACGAACUCUCUCGGGGAGAGUACUGUGGUGUAUUCCUGGGACUCGGCAGUGACGCUGAACGGUACGGCAAUGGUCUUUUUCGCGGACCAGCCGGCGGGCGCAUCGGAAGGCGUGGCGCCCCCGACUGCAUGGCAUGUCGAGUAUUUGGAGAAUGGAUCUUGGACGGAGGUGUCCAAUAGCUCGCCCUAUCCGCUAGAGGUCUCCGAUACUCCGGUUGAAGUGGGAUUUGACCAGAUAGAGACAACGUCCAUCCGUGCUGUCUUGUCUGCAUCCGGGGGAAGCGGGGGGUAUGCGGGCGUGGGAAUCAAGGAAUGGUACGCUUAUGCGCCAACUGCGCAGUAGCUGACAGUGUAUCUUGCUUAGCUAUCUAGUGGCAUGUAUACUAUUCUUACCCAGUUCGCGGGUAUAUUACUGAGCCUGGUAUUGCACGUACGGUGAUCGAGAACUGAUAGGCAUUGUUUUGAAGACAGUAUCUCAUGCACUGGCAUAUUAUUAAUGAAAAAUUCGGUGUUUGAUGCGAGAAAGUACGCUUAGGCCUUUCAGUCGCCGAGGAUCUGUGCACCACAUGGGCCGGACUCGUGUUGGAUCCCGAAAUCCAAGCUUCAAGGCUCGGUCGAAGGGGUCGGCGAAGGCUCA